UUGACAUAAUGUGAAUAACGGAUAAUAAUAAUAUUUACGUGUGUAUCUUUUUUCAUAUUGGUAUAUUUACUAUCAUCGACCAAUUUUAUUGUCAUGUACCACAAAGAAUACUGUAAUUUUGUGCGUCCCACAUCCGAAGAAACUGCUACAUCUGCAUUUUUUGCUACUUCAUUAAACGGAGAAACAGCGAGGAAACUUUAUUUAGAAGAAGUGGGUAACUGUAAUAAUCCACAAGAAUUCAAGUCCACUGUUACUAUUAAAUCUGAAUGUGAGAUUAAACGUAAAAGAAAAGGUGAUGAAAUCGAGUUAUCUAAUCUACAGUUGUUCCAUUGUGUGCAAAAUAAUGAUGUUGAUAAACUACGACAGAUUUUAGAUAGGUGCCCUGAUAAGAUAAACACAUUAGAUGAGUUCGGAUGGAGUUUGCUCAUGAUUGCAUGUCAGGCCAACUCAAUCGAAACUGUUGAGGAGCUUCUUAAACGUAAAAUAGACACAACAAUUAGAGACAAAGCAGGUAGAUCAGCGCAAAGUUUAGUAAUAAGGAACAAAAAUGUAGUACUUGCUGACAUACUUUUAAAACAUUGCAGACAAAUAACUUCACAUAAUGAUAAGAGUAAAGAUAUAAAAUCACAAAAUAAAAGUUUAAAAGAAAACUAUGUUUGUGAAAUUUGUGAUAAUCAAGUAUUUGACAAUAAAAUAGAACAUUUAAAAUCUACGAUACACAAUAUAAAUGCUAGUAAAGGAAAAAAAAUUCCAACAAAAUAUGUUAUACCUGAAUCUAAUAAGGGCUAUCAAAUAAUGUUGAAAGUAGGUUGGGAUAAAGAAGAUGGCUUAGGUCCAGAUGGUACUGGAAGAAAAUAUCCCAUCAAAGGUAUCCAAAAAAAAGAUAAAAAAGGCCUUGGACAUAAAAAUAAAAGAAACCAAACCCCAACUACAGAGACUGCAAGAGAAUUUAAUAAAAAGUUAGUCUUUAGAGAGUAUGACAAACAUAGAAGAAUGGAAAUUAACUUCAGAAGAGAAUUUUAUUAAAAAUAAAUUAAUGUAAUUUCUUAUAU